AUGGGAGUUUGCGGUAGUUCAGAAGCUAUUUGGGGUCCUGCUGCAAAAGCAGAAUAUAAACCUUUUGUCUUCGAUACAAAAAUUGUUCCGGAUUAAUAACCUUAAACUAUUUCAAAAUAAACUAAUACUGUUGCUGAUCGAAUUGUUCGCUAGCACACUAAUGCUAAUUAAAUAAAGACCGAUUAUGAUUACGCUCUUGAAGAAAUGUUUAUAUAAAAUAUUAAAUUAUAUUAGGUAAUAAAAAUAAGUAGCAGUAUUCGAGGAUCAAAAAUUUCCAGCAAAUCGUGAAAGUCUAUCGUCAGAUCCUAAUUUUAAGAAGGAAAAAGAUAUAGUUUGGAAAAGACCUGAUUAAUUUUUAUAGCCAGGUUCAAUUAAACUGUUUGAUGUAUAUCUAUAAAGAUGUAAUAUAUAGACAAUCGAUCCAAUGGAUAUUAAAUAGGGUGAACUUGGAAAUUGUUAUUUUUUAAGUUCAUUAUCAGCUUUGGCUGAAGUAUCAUAAUAAAUAGAGAAGCUAUUCAGACAUUAAGAAUAUUAAGAAAAAGGUAAGAAUAAUUUCUAAAAAUUAAGGGCUUUAUGGAAUUUUUUUGUGUAAAAAUGGAAUAUUGUAAGAAAUCAUAAUAGAUGAUUACAUUCCUUGUAAUAAAUAAGGCGGCCCAAUAUUUUCAAAGGCAAACGGAAAUGAACUAUGGGUGCUCCUAUUGGAAAAAGCUUAUGCCAAGAUAUAUGGAUCUUAUCAUAAAAUAGAUUCUGGUUUAGCAAGCUGUGCAUUGAAAGAUUUAACUGGGGCUCCGAGUGAAUAUUUUAUCAGAAAAGCUGAAACAUUAAAAGAUGCUGAUUUAUGUUGGGAUUUCAUGGAGAAAAAUGAUAAAUAAAAAUAUAUACUAACAGCAUCAUCAGAAACAAAUGUAAAUGGAUUAGAAUUAGAUAAUGGAGGUGGAAUAGUAUCUCAACAUUGUUAUGCAAUUUUAGAUUUAUAAAGUGUAAUUGGUAGCGAUGGAUAGCCAGAUAGAAUAAUAAAGAUGAGAAAUGUAUAAAAUUCAUAGUAAAUUUGAAUAGCCUUGGGGUAGAAAAGAAUGGACAUAAGAUUGGAGUGAUAAUUCUACUAAAUGGACACCUGAAUUGAGAUAGAGAUUAUAAGUUCAGUAAAAAGAUGAUGGAUUAUUUUGGAUGAGUGUUAAAGAUUUUAUAACUGAGUUUAGUUAGGUAUGUGUGUGCAAAUUUAAACCGGAUUAUUUAUAUACAGCAACACAACUUUAAGUAGAGAAGUAAGACAUAGUGACCAAAAAAGUUAUUUUGAUGAGAGUUUAUGAAAAAUCUCAUGCAUUUAUCUCAUUGACUCAAUCAGAUAAGAGAUUUUUUUAAAAAGGCCAUCAUUAUUCAUUAGCUAGAUUGAUUAUUGGAGAGUUAGACAAUAAUACAAAAGAAGUAUUAUAUUAUUCAGGUUCAGCUUUUGAUAAUGAAAGGGAUAUUAUAGUUGAAAAAGUAUUUGAACCUGGUUUUUAUUCAUUGUAUGUAGAAGUAGAUUGGGAAUAGAAUUAUGAUCGAUAUUUAGCAGUUUCCUGUUAUGGUUCUAAAUCAGUUUAAUUUUCUGAAUUAUAAUUUACUGCUGGUUAAGAAAAAUAAACCAUUAAUAAAAUUUUUGAUGGAUUUUUAAGAGCACAUGAGAGAGACACUGAUGAAGAGAAAGUUAAAGAUUUUGAAAUUGGUAUAAGAAGAAUUUCUGGUGUUGUUGCAGGCUAUCUUUAUUAUUGGUAUUAAAAUUCAACGAUUAACAAAACCUUAAAGGAAGUUCUUAAUUUAGAUAAAAUAUAAAAUUUAGAAAUAUGCCCUCCAUAUUCAAAUCCAUCAAAAGUUGAAAUUGAGUGUAAGCCUCUCUCAACUGUUAUGGUUAAAUUCAGAGUAACUAAAAAUGGGGGAGGUUCUUUUGGAUAUACUCUAAAAUGUCAAACUCAAGUAAUUGAGGCCAAAUCUGAAUAAGAUAUCAUUAAAUAAAUUCUUUAAAAGCCAGAUUAAAAGGUUUAAAGAAAUAUAUAAGGAAAUGUAUAAAAUAUUUUAAAUUAUAAAGAAUGUACAAGUUUACUUUUAUCUUGCAAAGUUUCCUGCAGGGAUUGCUCUCUUUUAUGAAAAUAAAGAAUCUAAAACAUAUUAAGAAACAAUUUAAUUUGAAGUCACUAAUUUGAAAGGAGUUGGAAUAGAUAUUUCUAAAGAAGUAGUUUUAGAAAUACCUUCAGGUCAAUCAAAAUUAAUUUAAAUGCAUUCAAUUGAUCCAACUAAAGGAUAUUCAUACAAUCAAAAGAUUGCCUUUACAUUAAAAUGA